UUAAGCAAUAUUGUAGCCUCGUGCUCCUCACUGCUGUACUCAAAUUACUGAUCGAGAUGAAUGCGAGGGUUUUCGGCAACGUCGGUGAGACCCUGGUGCUCGCCCACGGCUACGGGGGCAGCCGGUUCGUCUGGGACGACGUCGUCCCGUCGCUGGCGGACAAGUUCCGGGUCGUCGUCUUCGACUGGAGCUUCUCCGGCGUGGCGGACGGCGGCGGGUGCUCCGAGCGGCGGUUUUCGUACCACGACUUCGCCGACGAACUCGUGGCGCUGAUGGACGAGCUCGGGCUGAGGGGAGCAGUGUUCCUGGGCCACUCCAUGGCUGGCAUGAUCGGCUGCAUUGCGUCGCUUGCAAGGCCAGACCUAUUCAGCCACCUCGUGCUGGUUGGGGCGUCACCUAGGUACAUCAACGACGACGGCUACGAGGGCGGAUUCGGCCGCGGAGAGGUGGACGCCAUGCUCGGAGCCAUCGAGACCGAUUUCACCGAGUGGGCGCCGCUCUUCGCCGAGACCGUGGUCGGGGUGGACCACCCAGCGGCCGUCGCAAAGUUCGCCAAGCAGCUGGCGAUGAUGCGCCCGGCCACCGCGCUCCGCGUCAUGCGCACCGUGCUCACCUGCGACGUCCGGGACGUGCUCCCGGACGUCAAGGCACCAUGCACCAUCGUGCACUGCACCCAGGACGCCGUGGCGCCGCUCGCAGUUGCUCGCUACAUGCAGCACCGAUUGGCCGGGUGCGCUGGUGGCGGCGGCGCGGCCUCGGUGGUCAUCCAGUCCUCCAGCCACUUCCCACAGCUCACCGCGCCAAAGGAGUUCGUCCGGGUCAUUGAGGCCAUCUUGCUCGACCGCUGAGCUACUACAACCAGCAAUGGAUUCCCAUGGCCUUGUUGAAUGUGAAUUAAAAGUUUGCGUUACUUUGCUUUUUUAGUGCUUUCGUCGCCUAGUUAUUUGCAUGCAUGCUUGUAAUCCUCGUGCUUUCCAGGUUUUUCUGUGAAAAUAAAAAUACUGGGGUCUUGUAAGGCUGC